AUGGUAUUGUGUUUCUUCGACAUUCAAAACAUCGUCGCCUUGCGUGCCACUUGCCACCAUAAUGCAACUCUUACAGAUUCUUUCCUCCAACGUCGACGAGAUCGUAUUCUCCGCUAUUUCAUCUCCGAUGUUCCAGCAUUCAUGAAAUUCAUGCAAACUUCCAAUGCUGUUAUAUCCGGUUCUUCCGCAUUGAGACUUAUUCUUGCCGUCGCGGAUACCACAUGGCCCAUGUCUGACCUGGAUCUAUACAUUCCCUUAUCAUCCGGGCCUUCAGCCACCGAAUUCUUCCAUCGGUUUGGGUAUGACAUUAUUCCAUACCCGCCUCCUAAAACGAAAUAUGGAAGCAAAAAAGUACGGAGUGUAGUUGCUGCAGUCCAGGGCAGUCGAAAAAUCGACAUUGUUUUAUCUUGCGAUGGUCGCCCUAUUCUUCCCAUAUUUCAGUUCCACAGUUCGGUUGUUAUGAACUACUUCACACCGACAACUAUUUUCUCUGCCUAUCCUGCUCUCACCUUGCAAUUCAAAGGCCUCAUCAAUCCUAUGGCAUGUACGCGUCAUCACAUGCUUCCUCCACGUACAAUGCGUGCGUUGAUUAAAUAUGCCAAUCGCGGCUUUGAAUUCGCAUCCUCUGGGCUCGCAUGGACAUGCACGGAGAAUCACACAUGCGCUCAGACAUUUGAAUGUCCCCUUCGUGCUCGCACUUCAUUUGAUAGCGCAUGUCUCAAUGUUUCCUUUUCUUCUCCUAUAUCUUCUUCUGAUCUUACGCCAUGUGGAGUGAAAGAGAUGUAUGGAUGGCUGUUAGGAGGUUUUCAUUGUCGUGAACAAGAUCGCGAAUUCUCUCCUUAUGUAUUUUAUACUCCUUUGAGUCGUUGA